AUGGAUUGGGAUUCAGAAGACGAAGGAAACACAGACCCAUUUUUUGGUUUACGCGAGCCUUUCUCUGGUCUUAAUGAGAUGGAUUUUGAGCUUCAUGGCAUCUACAUGGAUCAUGAACCAGACGAAGAAUUCGUUACUCCAUUGGACAAGUUCCAUAAUGGGUAUCAACUCUACUUUGAAAAGUGUGACAGUACAAGAAUACUUGUAAGAUGUGGGAAAAGAAAUGAGGAUAAUGGUUGCCGUUUUAGACUGAAGUUCAAACUUGGCUCUAUGUUUACUCCUGAAUGGAUAGGUAGACACUACAUAACUGAAAUUGCAAAUAAACCUAAGGUGAAGCUUAAAGAGAUGAUUACUAACAUCAGACAAAGGUUUAGGUGUGCUGUGUCUAUAGGCCAAUGUCGUAGGGCAAAGAAGUGGGCCAAGGAGUUAAUUAAAGAUGGGAUAAACAAUUUUCAUAGGUUUUAUAUUGGUUUCAAAGAUAUAUGUGAAGGCUGGAAAAAUGGGUGUAAAAGAGUUAUUGGUUUGGAAGGGUGCUUUCUGAAGGGAGCAGUUAACUGGACAUGGUUCCUUGAGCUUUUAAGGGAUGAUUUAGAUCUUGAUAGUGGAAGAGGUUUGGUAGUGAUAUCAGAUCAACACAAGGGUCUGCUUGAAUCUAUGAAAGAUAUAUUGCCUCAUGUUGAACAUAGGAAUUGUGUUAUGCACAUUUAUGCUAACUUUAGAAAGACUUUCACAGGUUUGGAAUAUAAGAAGUUGUUUUGGGCUGCCUCUAUAAGUUGCACACAAGGUGACUUCAAAAGGCAUAUGGAAAGCAUCAAGAAAUUGAACCCUUCUACAUAUGAAUACUUGAUGUCAAAGCAACCAAAAACAUGGUCUAGAGCCUAUUUUGGAUCAUGCUAUACAUGUGAAGCAGUUGAGAAAGGGACUUCAGGGUGCUUCAACUCAAUAAUAUUGGAUGCUAGGAGAAAACCUUUGAUCACCAUGCUUGAAGAGAUACGGAUUUAUAUCAUGGACAGGCUGUGGGAUUUGGCUGACAUCCCUUGUGUGCAUACAAAUGCAUCAAUUAAUUUUAUCCAUCAAACACCAGAUGCAUACAUCAAUGCAUACUUCUCUAAAGAGAAAUUUAGGCAAUGUUACUCAACAAACAUUGAACCUGUUAAUGUAAGCAAUCUUUGGGCCCAAACUGAGUACAUUAAGCCAUUGCCUCUAAUGUCUAGGAGGAUGCCUGGUAGGCCUGCUACCAAAAGAAAGAGGCAUGUCAGUGAGAAGGAGAGCAAGAUUUCAACAACAAAAGUGAAGGUUGCAAUAACUACCAGAUGUGGUAAUUGUUUGGAAUAUGGUCAUAAUAAGAGGGCAUGUAAGAAUGAGAGAAAACAAUAUGUGCCCCCCCCCCCCACACACCAAAGAAGACAGGAAGGCCAAGAAAACAUCCCAUCCCCCAUGUAUUUGUUCCUAACCAGUCACUAA